AUGGAGAGCGUGGAUGCUCAGAUGGACAUCAAAAAGCACUACGACGUUGACGAAAAUGAAAGGCCAACUGCCAUCAUUGCCUCCCUCCAGCCGUUCUCGUUGGAGAGCGAAGGCGGCGUCAAGUUAUUUGCAGAAUGUCGCGGUCCUUUGCGGCACAUUGCCAGAGAUGGUCGUCUAGCGCACCGUGCUCUUUUGGACGAGUCCACGAAGAAGCUAGUUCUCUAUCUCAACCGGGAAUAUGUUCCACUUGCAAAAGAGCUUCCGGGGCAGAUCCGAGAACUCCAGCUGGCAACGUCCAAGGGCCCCUUCAAGUUGCCUGAAGAUGGCGGAAGAUACUUCAGCUUCGGGCACGAAUCAACGGAUAUUGUCGCCGAGUCAAACCCUCCGAGCAGCCUUUCCAGAAAGUCCAUGACAUGUGUACUGCAGACUAAAGGUAUUCUGCAAGCAACAGCCUUGAGUUUCCGCCUAGACAUUGCCAUGCUUUCGGACUUUCUGACUUUACUUCACGAACUCCCAUACUCCCGCCCAGUAAUUGCUGAGACCCAUCUAGAGCGUGCACACAAUGCUCUUGGCAAGGCAAGGGAUCUUUGCAACACGUGGUCAGGCCAGACGGCUGGCUUGAGGCCGGAAGUAGAGAGUGACGAAAUAAUGCUCCGUGGGGGGACUUUCUACACUGAAGCGACAAGCGAAGAACGCAUGGCAGUGAUGAAUGCGAUGGCCAAGGAAUUCCAGGGAACUGGUCACUGGUACUACUGUCGCAACGGUCAUCCGUUCACGACUGGGGAGUGUGGGGGCGCAAUGCAAUUGGCUGCCUGCCCAGAGUGUGGCGCCCCAGUGGGUGGAUAUAAUUGGAAGGAGUGA